UAUGAGACUUUCUGCUUUUAUCGUGGAGUCAGACUCGUGAAACAUUGGUCAUCCAGUUCUGUAACAACAGGAAGAGUGGAGGAAGUCCUCCCGGAUGUAACGUGUGAAGGCGGACACUGUAAAUCUUUACAAAAGUCUCUUCUAGGGAGGCAAACACGCAGUGCCACAUUCUCAAAGAAAACCAAAUUCAACCCAGGGCCUACCACAAAAUAUGACUGGAUCGGGCCGCCAGACAGGCUGUCAAACCUACGGCCAAUCAUUUAUCACAUCCCUGAGAAUGAGACCCCACUGGAGAGGAAACUGAGACAUCUAAGACAGGAAACGGAGGACUGGAACCAUGAGUUCUGGACCCAUCAGAACGUCACCUUUAGCAAGGAAAAAGAGGAAUAUGUACAUUCACAGCUGAAGGCAAAAGGCUUGACAGAAAGAGAUGAGAGAGGGAGAAAACGAACUUUAAACAGUGAGGAAAUGGCAGUCUUCUACAAACGCUUCCUAGACAAAAACUGUAUAAAACAUGCAAGUUAUAACAGAGAAUGGUAUCAACGGAACUUCACCAUUACACUCCUGAUGGCCAGAGUAGCUCUGCACAAUGUGUGGAGGACACUAACUGGUCAAGGGAGGAGUAAAAGCAAACCCACAGUGAUGCCCAAAUAAAGACACUGGAAAUCAAUUUUCUCUGUUGCAGCUGUUCACCUGAUCUUUGGCAGAUGACCUUCCACAGAGAGACUAACUAUUACAGUUAAGAGUACUAAACAAUAGGUACCUCUUUUCUCAAAAUAUGGUGUAACUGGUGUAAUGUAACUGCUUGUAACUUGAUUGUGCCAUUUUGCAUUGCAACUGUUUAAUAACUUUAUUUUGAGUGGACUUUACAGUGAACUCCUAAUUAAACUCCGUCCCUGACCUAA